CGCGCCUACCAAUCACCUGCCACCUGGUGCGGCGGGUGUCCACCCCACAAAACAACACACCGUUCCACGCCUCACCUGUGUCUUCCUGAAGAAGACGGGACAACUGUCACGCUUGUGAAAGUCUCAUAGGACAUCGCCAGGGCUCAUAGGGCCUCUCCAGGGGGUACCUGGCAGCCCUCAACAACAACAACCUGCCACCUGCCUUACUUGGUGUCCCCUUCACAGCCACUCACUGGUUCAUAUCAAGGUGUUGUGCAUCCAGGCCUCUUGCUUCACACAUCUUGCUGGUUCCUCACGACUCCUCUCAUGGCUGGCCACCAUCACCUGCAUCCUAAUUGGUGUUCAGGUUUUAAAAAGUAGGUGAUGUGGAGCAAGGCAUUGUAGGUGAAGGAGGGCCAUUCCCCACACUCCACCACCAUGCCGACUGCAGGAGCCAUGACCCUGAUGUUCACCGGGGUCAUCCUGUUUGCGUUUAUCCUGUUUGUGACCUGCUUCAAGAGGCAGGUGGGACGCAUGAAGAAGCGCUCCAGAAGAGACCCUCAUGUGCCAGGCUCUGAAGCCAAAAAAGCGCUGCGGCGCGAAAUAGAGCGUCGACUAGACAGAGUGGCAGAGAUUUACUACGAGCCCAAACUGCUGACGCUGGAGAUUGACAACCAAGCAAACUCUGACCUACCUCCUUAUUACUUCAGGAUGAAGGCGGUGGACAACAUGAAGUAUCUUGAACAGGAGCUAUCUUCCCUGGAGGGUGUGAGUCCCCGGGGGGCCAGGGACAGUGUGCGUGCCUUCCUCAUGAACCUGACCAGUCCUGGAGGAGUAUUGGCCUCUGUGGAGCCUCGUAUUAUCCAUGAACUGUGUGACCACUAUGACCACGCCAGGUUCCACCCAAUGCAGUUCUCUGCAGCUCAGUUCACUCCGUACCACAGCCUCUUGUCACGUGUAUUGCACUGUGGCAGAAAUGGGGAAAAGAUGAGUGGACGAGGCACAGUGACAGCCAAGGCUCCCAGUGACCAUGAUUCAGCCAUUGAUGAGCCGGAACACGACCACAGCGGAGAUGAUGACAACCUCAUCAUCACCGAGUCCAACGUCGUCUUGUUGCACCGGCCAGCUUCACUCAAAGUGUCUCCUGAUGACAACUUUGAAACUUCGGUAUGAGGGUUUGUGUCUUAGCAGCAAGGGAAGAUAUGAUGCUGGGAGAACUCACACAGAGCCUAGAGCACCACUGCACAGAACAUGGCACCUUCAGCAACAAAUGAAAAAUUGUUAGUCUUAAAAAGGCAGUCAAUUGAAAAAGAGGAUUUAUUAGAUAUAACUUCAAAUAAGUUCAAAUGUUUGCAGGUUCCAGAGUGGGCUGCAAGUUAGCCAUGUGUAACAAGAACUUGUAUCCCACCAUCUGUGCUUCAAGCGACUGGAGAAUUAUGUUUUCAUUAUUACGGAAGUCUUGCACUGCUGAAAAUGAUAUCAUAUUGCCAUCAACGUCAUGUGAAACUAUAAAUGUUAGAAUCGAACUGAUUUCAAUACAUUUCAAAACUCUCAACUUUUUUACACAUUUCAUUUAUAUUUGCUAGAAUUAUGAAGGUUGAGUAUGCAUUUUUAACUCCUGAGAUUGCAUGUCAGAGAGGAAUUGGUAAAUGAUUCUGUGAAGGAAGCUGAAAGUUGAAAGUACAUAAUUUAUUAUGCAAAAUUCUUGGUAAUGGAUGAAGCUUCUAAUUUUUUUAGGAUAGUAGAUUUAAAAGUACAUAUAGUAAAGACAGAUGGGUAGAUAACACCUAAUAACUUUUUUCUCUGUAAAACUAAAUGACACUGAAAACUUGGCUUAGUGUGACAGUGUAUGGAGGAUUGCAUUUAUCAGCAGGAAAUGGGACAAUGUUUAUAAUGAUCAUCCUCUUCUAAAACUGAUUGUUAGUGACUGGGUAGGAGAGACAGCAGUAUGGUGCAGUGGGAUGGACUGAAGUGGGCACCUGCUUACUCUUCUCCAUUGUUUUUUUAAGCAUUAUUGGCAAGUUAGGGAGACAUCAGAGGUAUAUCUGACCCAUAGGAACAAAUACAUGACAUUAUUUAAGCAAGGCAUGGAUUAGAUCAUGUUUGCCAUCAGACACAAGUUUUGCUAUGCAGACAUUCAUGAAAAUUAAUGUAAGAUUUUCAAAAUUAUAAGAAAGGUUUAUAAAUCUGUGUUAUAGUGUGUCCUGUGCAGAUAGGCCGCUAGACACCAAGCAAGUUGAAGGUCUGGUGUGUGCAAGGAUGUAUGUAUAGAACUUUGCAAAAUGACAAUGAUUUCUGUGAUCUCUUUACCAGUUUGAGAAGAUACAAAUACCUAAUAUCUCACUGGAUGGCAUGUCAUUCUGGUACAUAGAUUAAGCUAACUACAAUGCAUAGAGAACACAGGCUGUAUUCUAGUCAAGUAGAUAGAUAUGUUUUGAUCUUAGUAUUUCAUGUCUUCUCAGAGAUGAAUGAUGUUCUUUGCUUCAUCCAUUACUGAUAACCUUUUGUUUCAUUAGUACAGUAAAAUACUCUUGUUAAUGAUUAUUUAUUUAUUUAUUUGAAGGCUUUAGUUUUAAUAUGAAACCUGCAGAUAUUGACUGUCACUACUAGUUCAUCCUCUGUAUGAUUUCUUCCUGAUGAUUUUGAAGAUUCUGUAACCUACAGGGAAAGAAUGGCUGAAAAGUGAGAUUACUAAGAAGGAAAAGAUGCAUGAACAAGAAUAAAAGAUUUUUAUAUCAGUUA